AUGGAACAAAGAAAUCCUGCAAAAUCCUGUGACACUUUGGCAAGGUUGAACAAGAAUGAACAUAAAUUGUUUGAAAAUCAAAAUCAUUGUAUCAAACCAUUACCUAUUACAUUUAGUGAAGAAGAUGUUGAAAUAAUAAACAACAAAGAUUCCAUUAAUGAUUCAACAAAGCUCAACCAUUGUAAUAACUCUUCAAAACCAUUAUUAUGUAUAAAAGACUCUCAAAAUUCUCAGGAAAAGAAACCACCCUCGCCAACAACUUUACAAUGGGGUAGAGCUAUAGCUGAAGUAAAAGAACAUGCUGUAGCAAAAUUACAAGAUGAACUUAAAAGAGCACAUGAAGAGUUGAAAUUGAAGGAUGAGGAAGUCACAAGACUUUCGAGAAUCAAACAAGAUGUUGAAGUUGAAUUGGAGGAACUCACUGCCAGUCUCUUUCAAGAGGCACAUAACAUGGUACGAGAAGCAAAUAUACGUCAAGCUACCGCAGAGCGGCUAUUAGAAGAAAGCCGUAUGAAAGCGGAAGUUCUAGCUGCAGAAGUAGCUGCUCUAAAAACAUUAGUAUUAACUUCAACACCAGCCAAACCAAACUUUCAUCUGCAUCCGCAGAUCGAUACGAAAAAUCGUCCAAGCAGUGAAGAUACUCAACAAGGUCUUUUUGCGAGGAAACAUCGAAGGUCACCAUCGCAUUUCAAUUUGAAAUAUGGUCGAGAGAAUUCUCCGCCAGAUUCUCCGUUGAAAGAACAAAGACCAUCUUUACCAUCGGACCGAGAGACACUAGAAAAAGAUUGGAAGAAAGAUUCAGAAAAGGAAAAAGACAAAGAAUGCAAAGAUUUUGGCCUCGAAGUUGAUCCCAGAGUACAUACAGAGUUUCUUAAAUGGAAAGCUAAUCCAUGUGUAGACAAAGGUGAUCCUUUUGUUGAUAGAAUCUUUAAAGAAGACAUCGAUCUUUGCCUUGAUUUCCCUAACAAAGAAUUGGGUACAAAAGUUAGACAAGCCGUUCUCGAUGGCAUCAUCUUUAUCGAAGCGAUCAGCGACAAAACUAAAUUCACUUUUCCAAAAAAAUGUGUUUUGCUUGAAGCACCACGACAAUGUUAUUAUCGAAUGAGACUUGGGGAUCAAGAAAAUCAGUGGUACAGCAUAUCACAAAUUUGUCGCAAUCGAGUGAGUUUUGUAAAUCUUAUAAAUCUUGUAAAUCAUUUAUUGCGAAUUUUUAAAUAUAGAGUAUAAAAUAAAAUAUAUUUUUGCAGAUUAUAGCGGUUUGCGAUUUUUUGAAUUAUUUACGUUAUAUUGAGCGUGGCCUUGUAAAAAGCUCAGGUAAAUAUUGAUAAUUCUAAUUUUCUGUUCUUGUAGUGUAGAAAAUUUAACUGUUACAGUUCACGAUGUUUAUUGGGAAAUUACACGGUUACGAAAGGAAAUGGCAUUUGCUCGCUUGGGCCUCGCACUAUCGUCUUAACGCUCUCCAUGGAUGAUUUUUUCUAGUCUUAAAUGUAACAAAUUAGGCCAUGGAUCUGUUAUUAUUCAUUUACAAGUAUCAAUUGUAGAUUGUUGAAAAUUUUAAUCGUUCCAACUAGCCUCGAUCUUUUUUAUUUAUUGAUCGAGAUUUUUUUAGAGUAAGUGUUAAAGUUUUAAUAUAUGAAAGCUCUCAGAUUCCUCUAUCAUAGCGUGAUACGCUUCGAAUUAUUUAAAAUAGAAAAAAGAAUUUAUAUAAAUCAAUUUAUGAAUCUUUUCGAUUAAGAUCAUAAUUUCUAAAAUAUCAACUCUUAUAUUUUUAUUAUCAAAAUAAUGUCAAAGACUUCUCUUUAAUGAUCUGAAGUUCAGUUUAUAUUAUUUUAUUACUAUAGCAAGCAUAAAUCAGUUUUCAAGUGCAAUCAAGUAUUUCUAAGAUAUUGGGGAACAUGGUGCCUUUUGACUUUCCGCUUACUAAUAAUGCGUGACUAGCCUUUAGUUUAAGCUUUAAAUAGUAGCGAUUUGAUCGCUGCACAUGAAAAGAGAUAAUUCUAUUAUUUCUAUAAUUUAGCUACAGUUUUUAUUUUUUAUUCCAAAUCGUAUAAUGGCAGCAAGUAAAUGUAAGUGAUUAUCUUUGUUCAUUUAAGCAAAAAGUAUAAAUGUUGCAGUCUAAGAGACUAUAAAUAUCUUCUGAAAUCUUUUUAUAUUAUUUUUGUUUAUACAUAUCUUUGGACGUCCUAGAUAAAAUCUUAGACUUAUUUAAAAAGAAUUUGUACUUUAGUAUAUACUCAUAAUGGUAAAUGUGUCAUUGAACAUUGAAACAAUAAAAUUAUUUCAAUGUUUUUCUUUAAUAUAUAAGUAUUCCAGAUUUUGGUGAGAGAUUUCAAAAAUGCCAUAAAUAAUUUAUAAAAAAAAAAUCAAAAACGCAUAAUUGUUAUCUUGCUUGAUAAUAAGUUACAUGACAAAAUAAUAUGAAUUUACAUUAUUAUUUUUAAUUUAAGAAUAGAUACUGGAUUUAAUGAUAAUUAACAUUUUUAUGCAAUAAUUUACAGAUCUUUAUAAAUUAGCAAAAUCUUUAUCCAAAGGUAUGCAGUUUUUCCUCAGAGAAAAACUUGUAUUAUAUUCAUUUUAAGGAAUAGUCUCUUCUGUUGCAUAUAUUAACUAG